AUGUCUUCCAUUAAACAAAAGAAAGGCCCAACUCAGGCCGAAUUAACUGUCAAGGCAUUGGAUAUAAUAGCUGCUAUACCUGAACAAUAUAAAAGUAUGUUACUGGGAAAAUUAAGGGCGAAGCCUAUUAGAACAGCUAGUGGGAUUGCAGUCGUGGCAGUAAUGUGUAAACCACAUAGAUGUCCACAUAUUGCUGUAACGGGAAAUGUUUGUGUAUAUUGUCCGGGAGGACCUGAUUCUGAUUUUGAGUAUUCAACACAAUCAUAUACUGGUUAUGAACCUACUAGUAUGAGAGCCAUCCGAGCAAGAUAUCAUCCUUUAGAACAAGCGAAAGGUCGGUUGGAACAAUUAAAAAGUUUAGGACAUAAUGUUGAUAAAGUUGAAUAUAUUAUUAUGGGUGGAACAUUCAUGUCAUUACCUGAUGAUUAUAAGAAUUGGUUUAUUGCCAAUUUACAUAAUGCUUUAUCAGGUCAUACUUCUGAUGAUAUAGAUGAAGCUGUCAGAUAUUCUGAAAAAAGCAUGAUAAAAUGUAUUGGAAUCACAAUUGAAACCAGACCAGAUUAUUGUUUAAAACCACAUUUAAGUCAAAUGCUUAAAUAUGGAUGCACCAGACUUGAAGUAGGUGUACAAAGUGUAUAUGAGGAUGUAGCACGAGACACCAAUCGAGGCCAUACAGUUAAGGCAGUAAUUGAAACUUUUCAAUUAGCGAAGGAUACAGGAUUUAAGGUUGUUUCUCAUAUGAUGCCUGAUUUACCUAAUGUUGGAAUGGAUCGAGAUUUGGAACAAUUUAAGGAAUAUUUCGAAAAUCCAGCAUUUCGUACUGAUGGAUUGAAAAUAUAUCCUACAUUGGUUAUUCGAGGGACUGGUUUAUAUGAAUUAUGGAGAACGGGUAGAUAUAAAAAUUAUACACCAAACGCAUUAAUAGAUUUGGUGGCAAAAAUUUUGGCGAUGGUUCCUCCGUGGACAAGAAUUUAUCGUGUUCAGAGAGAUAUUCCAAUGCCAUUAGUUACAUCAGGUGUCGAACACGGAAAUUUACGUGAAUUGGCAUUAAAUAGAAUGAAAGAUCUGGGAAUUGAAUGUCGAGAUGUUAGAACUCGUGAAGUUGGAAUACAGGAUAUUCAUAAUAAAGUUAAACCUGAAGAGGUUGAAUUAAUCCGAAGAGAUUAUGUUGCAAAUGGAGGUUGGGAAACUUUUCUCUCCUAUGAAGAUCCAAUACAGGACAUUCUUAUUGGUCUACUCAGAUUACGUAAAUGCACUCUACCAAAUUCUACACCAUUUAGUACUUUUAGACCUGAACUUAUUGAGUAUCCUACUAGCAUUAUUAGGGAAUUACAUGUAUAUGGCAGUGUGGUACCUAUGCAUAAUAGAGAUCCUACUAAAUUUCAGCAUCAAGGUUAUGGUACUUUAUUGAUGGAGGAAGCUGAAAGAAUUGCACUUGAAGAACAUGGAAGUGAAAAGAUUUCAGUUAUUAGUGGUGUAGGAGUAAGAGGAUAUUAUGAAAAAUUGGGUUAUAAAUUGGAUGGUCCUUAUAUGAGUAAAAUGUUGAAAUAA